UGUUCCCAGUUAUUGCAAAGAAAAUGUUCUUCAGUCUGCUUUGGCUCUCAGUCGUGCACUGCAGAAUCUAUACAGCAGAUGGAAAUGCUAUGAGAGAGGCUAAAAUUUUUCCUUUGUCACCUGAAAUCGAAAGAGGGUCAACUUUAAAACUCUUUUGCACUCUGGGAAAACAUCUCAUUCCUCGCAGAAAUGCAAGUCACAUCAUCUGGAAGUUGAAUCAUGAUUUGAUUCCAGAGGAACAUUAUACCAUUAUUAAUGAGAGUACUUCUAGUGUAACCAUCAGUAACUUCACUUAUGAAAGUGCACAUGUGAGAUGCUUCACUAAGAUGCUUGAUUUGGGUUAUGAACAACUUCAGACUCACACUAAUGUUAAAUCUGGCUUUUCACCUGAGAAACCAACAAAUAUUUCCUGCAUUUACUAUUAUGAUAUAAACAUUACUUGCAGCUGGAUUUCAGGAAGAGAAACGCAUUUGAAUACAACGUAUACUCUUAUUCGAAAACAUUAUGAUGAUGGUAUUCAACAAUGGAUCAAUAGAGACACCUGCCAAAGCAACAAUGGAUCAUGUGCCUUCUUUUUCCCUGACAUUCCAUAUGUUAGGUACUGUUUUCAGGUGACAGCAAAAAAUACUUUGAAUAAUUCCGCAACAGAAUGUGUUCCCAUGGAGAUGUUGGAAAUAGAGAAACUUGAGGCUCCUGACAUAAUUUCAGUUGAAAAAAUUGCUGGUAUAAAGCAGUUGCUAAACAUAACUUGGAAAAACCCUACGAUAGUUCCUGAAAGACGUUUAUGUUGCCUUAUUCAAUACAGAAAAAUGCAUUCAAAUGAUUCGGGAAAUGUUACUGACUGCACAAACCAUACUGAGACCGUAAAAUCAUAUAAUCUAACGGGCCUACAGGAUUUUACUGAGUAUGCUAUUGCCAUUCAAUGUAAAGGUGCAUUAGCAAAAUUCUGGAGCGAAUGGAGUGAAGAGAGAACAGGAAGAACAGAAGAAAAAGCUCCUUCAAGAAAAGUAGAUUUGUGGAGGGUAAUUGAAUCUUCCCAGUCAUCUGGAAAUAGAUGUGUGCAUCUUAUGUGGAAGUUAUUGGAAGAAUUUCCAUCUUCUGAGAGUAUUCAUGGCUACAAAAUACGGUAUAUUCCAGAAAACAAUGCAAGCCACACUGGGUCUACACACAAUACUACUGAUAAAAAGUUUAGGCUUCUCUUACCUGGGGAAGCAUAUGUGUUAUCUGUUAUUGCAUAUAACUCAGCUGGAGAAUCUCCUGAGGCUACUUUGAGAAUUCCCACCAUUGGUGAAAUAACUUCCAAGCAUAUAGAUGCGGUGUGGACCUUUACCUUAAGAAAAAAAAUGAUUGUGACAUGGGAAGCAUCAUCAGUAAAUGAAUAUGUUAUUGAAUGGUACAAGGAAUGGGAUUCUGAGCCUUUUAAUAGAUCAUGGCAAUAUGUAUCAAAUACUACAAACUGGACAUCUCAAGAGGGAGCCUUUGAAUCAUUCAUAUGCUACAAUAUCUCAGUGUACCCUCUCUUUGAGAAUAAAAUAGGAGCUCCAUAUUCUGUACAGGCUUAUUUUCAAGAAAAACCUCCAACUAUUGGUCCUGAACCUAAAGCAGACUAUCUAGGCAAAAAUGAGGCUAUAAUAAAAUGGAAUGAGAUUAAUAAAAUGCACAAAAAUGGCUUCAUUAGAAACUAUACAAUAUUUUAUAAAUCUAAAGGUGGAAAAGAAUUAAAUAAAACUGUGAACUCUAAUGUUCUGCAGUACAAACUGAGUUCCCUGGAAGCAAACACCCAAUAUACUGCUUAUGUGAUUGCAGCCAACAGUGCUGGUGGAAAAAGUGGAAACACAAUAACUUUCAAGACUUCAAAAUUUAAUAAGGAAGACCUACUUUAUAUAUUUAUAUCAAUUGGAUUAUGUAUGCUGUUCUUACUGUUCCUGGGAAUAAUAUGUACUCUAAAAAAACAAUUGUUGAAAAGGGUUUGUUGGCCUGAUGUACCAAAUCCUGCAAAGAGCAUUGUGGUAGGGUCAGAGGAUGUAUUUAUGUGUAAUUCAUUACUGAAGCAAGGACAGUCUGAGGAUGGAACGGUAGGCUCUGAAGACAUCAGUGUUUUGGAGCCAGGCAUGCCUCAUGAAAAUCAAACUGAAUUAUUACUAAUUAAACAUGAAAAUUAUGAGUCUGACCAUACAGAUACUGGUGCAAAGGAUGUUCCUAAUGAUCACAAAAAGGAAUUAUGUAAUAAAGAACAUGAAGUUGUAAAAUCAGUCUCACUGUCACUGCCAUACAUAGUUACUGAACAAGACUUCAGGAGUCAAGUGCUUUCAGCUGUGAAACCUAACAGAAAAAUUUACCCUGUAGAAAAACUGGAAGAGGAUUUUUCCAAGCCCCAGUUCUCUCCUGUCCAAAAGUCAAGUUCCAAAGACAAUGAAAAUGAAGAUGUCGAACACACAGAUUUCAAAGAAGCUGCUACAUUCAACCCAUACCUGAAAAAUUCUGUUAAUACAAGGGAAUUUGUUGUUCAUGAAAACUUGCCAGACUGUAACAAAAAUGAAUCCAGAACUCAAUCAACAGCCCCUUUUCAGAAAAACACUGCAGGACAGUCAUAUGUGACACUGGAUAUGUUUGGGCUGACCAUAGCUCAUUAGUACAUUCUUGGACCUAGAAAUGUUACUUUUGAAAGUCAUCAUGAGAUGCUGUGCUGCCCAGCUGAUCUGCUUUCUCUUGGGAUUAUUGCCUUCUACAUAUACAUGCACUGAAACUCAGUUGGUAUCACUUAAUCUAACCAAAGACUCCCAGUUUGUUUGAAUGACUAUGAAACAAUUUGUACACCUGAUUUUCUAGUCAGGCUUGAAAAGACUGUUUUCUUUAAGGCAUGGUCAUAAGAAAUUCAAACCAGUUGUGAGACGGUGCAGUCUCAUUUUUUUCCACUUAAUUUUUCUUAGUCUUCUCCUUUUGGCUGAUCAAAAUGAUCUGAUCAAGCCAACCAGCUGUGUAAAUAAAACACUGAUUUCACUCCA